GACGGAUGCAGCUCUCCCACCGCCUUCUGGCCAUUACAGCGGCGCUGUUUCUGCUUGCCAGCAGUGUCUCAUGCACCCCCUCGCUGCAGGCUUUCAAAAACAGUCCAGUCGAGACCAACCGACCCACUACAGCUGCGGACAGCCUUUCCACCACCGGCAACAACCAUGGCGCAGAAACAGCGGAAGCCAGAGAAUUUCAGGAGGCAGAAAGGCCCCAGCAUGCGCACAUGCUGGGGCGAUGGAGCAACCACAGUAUCCUCCUGUUGCCGGUAUGUUUGGCCAUCUUGUUGGCGCUGGCAUGGUGGUAUCGCACAUCCUGGCUGCCAUGCGUCGCAGACAGGUAGGCGACCGAGCAAACGAGGGAGAGAUGCAUUGGUGGGGUAAGUGACUCGUGCUAUCACUGCUAUGUACGAUAGGGUGUGGUGCACCUCGUGGAGUGACAUUCCUUUGUUGGGUCCAUAUUUGCCCCGUCUGUGCGGCUGGUGCAUCGAAGAAACUCACAACGUCUACCCACACAGCAACCUGAAGGUAGGUGCAAUGCAUAUACACAUACACAUAUAUACACUCACUGUGUCUCUCCCUCCCUCUUUGACAGGUUCGUGUUCAUUGCGUCAAGAAUCUGCCGAGGUCGGUGCGGACAGCAACGAUGUGAUGCAGCCCGGCCUCUGUGUGUCUCCCGUCUCAUUCGUCGUGCCGCGCCUCCUUUGUGUUUUGUCAGCUUGGAUUUCCUCUCGAGCAACAAGGCCUACGUCUCGGUAGGGACCUACAGGGAGACACCGACAGAGACACCCGACACAUAGGUGCAGUGCACGGAUCUACACAUAGAUGGGAUGGGUCAUCAGAUUGCGUGUGGCAACAAGCCAGACCAGACGACCAGCGUUCAGAUGGGAUGUAAGCCUACCUUUAAUAGAUAAAUGGCGUCAAUUGAGGCUUCGCGACUCCUCAUUGAUUCAUUCAGAUUCAUUCAUCCGUUGGUUGCUGUCGAUCGAUCAGGUAAUACAGAGUGGGAGGAGGACAUUGUCGUGACCGUGCGGCCGGCCGACCGCUACCUCUAUCUGAAGGUCAUGAACCAAGGCUUCGCGCGCCACGAAACUAUCGCAGAGGUGGGUAACACACAUUUACCAACAGAGAGACAGAAAAAGGGAAUCUCGCGGCCCACCGGCUGUCUCUUGUGCCUGUCGUCGUCUCUAGUGCCGCAUUCCGCUGAAGCGAGAGGUGUACAGCAUUCUGCAAAAGACCCCUGUCCUCAGACGUCGCCACUUUGAGCUCAACAACACAAAGGGACACGAAGGACACGCAGCGAGCGUCGAGCUCAGUUUCGGUGAGACAGGAGACAGACUGACUGACAGAUGCGCACACGUCCGCGUAAAGGCUUCUGCAUGUAUAUGUGUGUACAGAGGACAAGAGCAUCGACAUACAUCUUCUUCCUCCGUCGCAACAGACUGUGUCUCGAUCCCUUGACAUGGACGGGGGCCCUCGACAGAGCACGGCCUCGUCUGGCGGGCCCGUGUUGGCCACCUACCAGCCGCUGCAGCAGCACGACGCAGAGAAUCCUCAGGAAUCGGGCUGGUUCGCCUUCUCGUGACGGCCUGCCCAAUGUGUGUGAGGACAGAUAGGCACGCACUGGAAAUGGAGCACAUAUAGG